UCGCGAUACACUUUCAUAUAGAUUGAUAACGCGAUGUGCGGCUGUGGGAAACACGUUACUGUGUCAACUUGUUAAAUGAAUUACUACGUAUGUCAUUGAUUGGAUAAUUAUUUAAACAAUGAUCUCAAAUAACUAUUCAGAUGAUACCAGAGAUAAUUAUUCUAAGUUAAAAGAAGGUAAACCUGUACACAAUAAUUUUUUUCAUCGCAAUAAUGAAAAUCAACCACGCCAAUUUUAUCAACAUAAUUAUUGUAGAACUAAUAAAUUAAAUAAGGAAACAAUUCACAAAGGGAAACACGAAUUAUAUAAUUCUUCUGAGUUACUAGAGCCAGAUCCAUCUGCUCUUUAUCAUACUAACCAAGCUCUUAAUUCAUUUUUAAAUAAAAAAAAUGAAUUUUUUUAUAAAAAGAAAAAAUUUAAUAAGAAAUUUGAUACUAUUAAAACUCAAGCCUAUUAUCCAACAAGUAAGCCUACAGUAAUUAAUUUUAACAUAACAAAAAGUAGUAUAUUUGAAUGUGCUGUGGUAGAAUCAAAAGUCUUAUCAGAAAAAGACAGUUCAGUAACUAUGGAUUUUAAUUUAAAUUCUUAUAAACAAAUAUCAAUGAUAGGAAAUAAUUAUAAUUCUUAUGUUACGACUGAAAAUUUAAAAAAAAAGCAUAUUUUAGAAAGUAAACAUCCAAAUUUAGAUGAUAGCAUUCUUAAAAAAAAGGGUACUUCCCAUAAUAUGAUAUUUUUUUGUGUUGAUGAAAGUGGUGUACGGAACGAAGAAGAUGAUAAACCACCACCAUUAUCAAAUAUUGGAAAAAUGUCUAUAAUGACACAAAAAAAUUCUUAUAGUACUCGUAAUAGAAAUGUAAAUUAUCAUGAUGUAUUGCUAUCUAAUUUGACUGCCAAAGAUUUAGAUUAUGAUAGGUAUGCUCGUUAUUCACAACAUGAAUGUGAAGUUAAAGACUAUGUACGAACUAUCACUUACAAAAAUGCCAUUGAGCAAAAUGUUGAAAAACUACAAAACUCAGUUGUAAUGGUACUUAGGACAGGAUUAGGGUUAUUAGCUAUGAUGUGUGUUAAACAUGGUAGAGCUAGAAAAGUUAUUGCAUUAGAAUCAAGUUCCUGUGCAGAAUAUGCUGAGCAAAUUAUUAAGGAUAAUGGAUUAAACCAUGUGAUAACUGUUUUACGUAAAAAGCCAUCAGAAAUUAAUGAUCUAAAAGAUUUCGGGGUACAGUAUGUAGAUGCUAUCGUUUCAGAUUGGAUGGGUGAUUGUGUGUUAGGUCAUGGUGAUCAAUUAGAGGAUCUUAUCAUAGCUAGAGAUACAUUCUUAAAACCAAAAGGACUUUUAAUUCCAGAAAAUGUACAGCUUUAUGCUCAAGCGCAUGAUUCAAGGAAACAUUUUCAGUAUAACUUUUCAGUGUGGCAUAAUGUUUAUGGUUUCAAUAUGGAUGCCGUGACAAGAGCAAAUUUAUUCAAUGGAAAAAGAUCAAAAAAAAAAGGAAAAAAGAAAACAAAAAAUAACAAACAACCAAUUAUUGACUUUUUUGAUCCAUAUAAAGUUGUAUCAAAUGCUUGUAUGUUAUAUGAAUGGGACUUACACAAGUGUUCAUUGAAAGAUGCUUGUGGUAUUCACAACUUACCCCUACAAUUAGUUUUUGCAAGAAAAGAUUACUGCCAUUUAUUAGAACUUUUUUUUGUUGUUGAUUUUCCAUCUACUCUUUCGAAUGAAAUUGCAUCAUUACCUUCUACUACUAUUAGAAAAACAUACGAUCCAACAACAUCAAUCGGAUUUUCAACAAGUUCAUUUAGUCCAAAAACUCGAUACAGACAAUGUGGAUUGUUGUUAGAUCAAGAACUUAUAGUUGAAAAAGGAGAUACAUUUAAGGGUUUCAUUUGUAUUUGGAGAGAGCAAAGAAAUAAAAAUAUUUCUAAAAAAAAUAGUGAUAAAAUGUGUAACUGUUGUAAAAAUAAUCCCUCCACUAAUCUAGAAAAUUCAUUAAUACAUUUAAGAAAUGAAUACCUUAAUAUUUCCCUUAAAUAUAGUUUUAAAAAUAAGCAUAUGGCGAACUCUGAUGUAGUUUGUCAAUAUGAAUUGCUUAGGCAAAUAUUUUAACUUAUUAUUAUUCAAGUAAUAAUUAAGUAUGUUUUAAUGCAUGUUAAAUUUAAAUUGUUAUUCUUUAUUUUGUUUCAACUAUUUGUUGUUAUGUAAUGUGUUUUAAAAUUGUUUUCAUUAAAAUUAACUGUAUUUCUGUGAAGUUAGUUUUAAAUCUCAGGAAAAACUUAAUAAUUAAGAUGAUUAAUAUUUAAAUAGUUUAUAUAAAAAAAAAAAACAUUAUCCUAGUGUCUAUUUAAAUUAUCAGCUGCUUUUUUUUAUUUAGUGUCAAAUAUUUUUCAUUAUUUAAUAAAUAAAUAAUUAAUAUUUUUGCUUGAAAUUCUUUGUAUUAAUUACAUAUAAGUUGAGCAGUAAAGUAUUGCCACAAUAAAGUAAUAAAUAUAUUCCUGUAUUAUAUUUAUAAAUCUUAAAAUAUAAUUAAGGAAAUAAAUUGAUUUGCUUUUAGAAAAAUCUAACAUUUCUGUCUAAAAAUUAAACAUCUGUAGGUUAACAUCAAAGUGUUUUUGAUGAUAGUGAUUUUAAUCAUUAUUAGAUAUCAUCUAUACUUGUCUGAACUAUGCCAUUCCUACUAUGCAAUGGCUCCUCCACUAGGCUGUUUUUUUUUUUAAUAAAAAAAAAUUUCUAUAUUAAAAUGCAUAAAUACAUUUACAGAAAGCUAACUCAUUUUUCUUAAUGAGUAGAUGUGGACUUAUUUAAAUUACUUUUACAUAAAAAUGUUUUUUAAAUGACAUUUGUUUUCUAUCAUUAUUUUAUUGAUAAUAUUUAUGAAUGUAUAAUAAUUAUUUUGUAUUUAUUUUAUCUAUAUUUGUAAAUUAUAGAUUAUUAAAAAUAAACUUUGGAAAUUGCAUUAUAUUUUCUAAAAGAGUCAAUAACUGAAGUCAGUAGAAAGGAUUAAGGUUUGUGUAUUAAAAAAAUUAUAGCCAUAAGUGAACUUAAAAAGGAUUUUUUACCACUGAUUGAUUUUUUAAAUCAUGUAUUUUAUUAAAUUAUUUUUGUUAAAAAAACUAAGGAAUAAAAUAUGUUAAUAUUAUAUAAAAUAAUUUACGUAUAAUUUAUAAACAUAAAUAUUUUUUAGUUAUUAUUAGAUCAAUGUAUUUUAGUAAGGUAAUACCUUUAAGACAUUAAUUUAUUUAAAUAAAGUUAGAUUUACAAAUUGUUAAAAA